AUGAAGUUAUUCAUCUUCAUUAUUGAAAUAGCGUCAUUAAUUUACGUUUCGCAUAGCAUCGGGUGCCAAUUGGACAGUCUUUUUAGCGGUACACUGGACGCUGGCCAGUCGAGUUGCAGUAAAAGUUAUCUGCCUGUUAAGAAGCUACACUGGACGAAGAAGAAAAGGAUAUUGAUAACAGGAGGUGCCGGUUUCGUUGGUUCGCAUUUAGUGGAUAGACUGAUGCAAGAUGGUCAUGAAGUUAUUGCUUUGGACAAUUUUGUCACUGGUAAACGACAGAAUAUUGAACAGUGGAUUGGACAUAGUAACUUUGAACUGUUACAUCAUGACGUGACAAAUCCCUUAUAUGUGGAAGUGAAUGAAAUAUAUCAUUUGGCUUCACCAGCAUCCCCGCAGCAUUACAUGCAAAAUCCUAUACGUACCAUCAAGGCAAAUACAUUAGGUACUCUAAAUAUGCUGGGAUUGGCUCGUCGUACUCAUUCGAAGUUUUUAUUUGCUUCGACUUCCGAAGUGUAUGGAGAUCCUGAAGUUCAUCCUCAACCUGAAUCAUACUGGGGUCAUGUGAAUCCUAUUGGACCAAGAGCUUCUUAUGAUGAAAGUAAACGACUUGGUGAGACUAUGACUUAUGCUUAUGCAAGAUAUUUAAAUCUACCAGUCAGAGUUGCUCGCAUUUUCAAUACUUAUGGCCCGAGAAUGCAAAUCAACGAUGGUCGAGUGGUUACCAACUUCAUUACACAGGCGCUGAAUAAUGAAUCCAUUACGGUUUAUGGUACUGGUCAACAGACACGUUCAUUUCAGUUUAUCAGUGAUUUAGUAGAGGGUCUUGUACGUUUAAUGGAAUCCAACUAUACCCUGCCGGUUAAUUUAGGGAAUCCAGUUGAAUUUACAGUGAAUGAACUAGCCAGUAUGGUGAAGAAUUUCACCGGCAGCUCAAGUGAAGUAAUUUACCAGCCAUCGCCUAUUGAUGAUCCACAACGUAGACAGCCAGAUAUCAGCACAGCUAUGAAACACUUAGAUUGGAAACCAGUUGUCAGCCUACAAGAAGGUUUACGUAAAACUUUGGUUUACUUUAAAGACAUUUUAUGGCCUUCUGAUUGUGAUGUUAACUAA